GAUUAAUGUAAAUAUCAUGCCGAAUAACAAUAAGUAAAUGGGCCCAAAUAGCCUCCCGAAACCUUAGUUCUGCGCCACCGCCGAUGUCCUAGAUCGGCUUCGCCACUCGUAACCCUAGCGCCGACGCCGCCUUCGCGUGCCCCCCACCCAGGUCGCCUGCCGCCUAAACCCUCGCCCCGUCCCCGUGCCUCUUCGCCCCUGUAGUCGCCCUCCGCCGCCCCUCCCGCUACCACUCGCGUUACCCUUUACUUGAACUGGGCGAAGCCCAGUUUUUCUUCCAGACUUGCAUGAGACGCGCCUUAGCUCGCCUCCGCGCCACGCAGAAAGGCGCGCGGGGGUUUGCAGCAUUGCAAAGCCCUGCGCCAUCUUCUGAAAAUGGCGUUGGGCUUGCGCCUCGCGCCAUGGCGCGCAAUUUACAAUUAUGGCAUGAAUAUGAUUUUGGAGGGCAUACAUGGAAUAAGUUCCGGGGGGAUGCAUUUCAAUGGGUUUUUCUGUCUGGACCGGCUGCAAUAAUUCUGGGGGCAUCUUCAAUGCCUUCACUGGCAGAAGAUGUUUCAAUUGAAUCAAGUUCCACUGAUGGUACAAAUAUUGCUGAUUCUGGUGGUUUGCGUAAAAUUGAGGAUGGGUCAGUGGUAUCAAAUGAGCAUACAUCUAAAUGGAGAAUUUUUACUGAUAAUGGAAGGAAUUAUUUUAUGCAGGGAAAUGUUGAGCAAGCUGAGAAAUUUUUUCGAUCUGCAUUAGAAGAAGCAAGAGAAGGUUUUGGAGAAAGGGAUCCUCAUGUUGCCUCUGCAUGCAACAACCUGGCUGAGUUGUUUAGACUCAAAAAGGACUUUGAGAGUGCGGAACCAUUGUACCUGGAAGCUAUUAACAUACUAGAGAAGCAUUUUGGAAUAGAUGACAUAAGAGUUGGGGCUGCCCUUCAUAAUCUUGGUCAAUUCUACCUCAUACAGCGAAUAUUGGAAAAAGCUCGUGUAUGCUAUGAGCGUGCUCUGAAGAUAAAGCGACGUGUAUUAGGAGAAGCACAUCCAGAAUAUGCUGAUACGUUGUAUCAUCUUGGCACUAGGACCUAAUUGUGGAUUCUAUACGGAUACUGGAUGCAAUUGGACAAGGAGAAUCUUUCUUAUGCGUCAGAAGAAUGCAGUAUCUUGCACAGAUGUAUAUCAAGUCCAAUCGAUUUACUGAGGCUGAGAUUUUAUUAAGAAAGAUUCUGCAUACAAUGGAAUUAUCAAAGGGAUGGAAAUCUUUCGACACUGUUGUUGCAGCUGAACGACUUGCACUGGUUCUCCAAAUAUCAGGGGAGUUAAGGGAAGCAGAAGACUUGUUAGAGAGAUGUCUCGAUGCUCGGAAGAAGUUGCUUCCUGAUGAACAUAUUCAGAAUGCAGCCAACAUGCUUUACACUGCUAGAUUGAAAAUGCAAAUCUCCAACCAGCUAAUGAGGACGAAAAGUUCUCAAGCUAUGGCGGAGCUUGACGUGGCUAAAGAUCUUCUGCAGAAGUGCAUAAGGGUAGCUCGACAUGUCCUUGUUCAAGUUGUGGAACAGAAAGGAAAUAAAGGGCCUACUGGGAUACCCAGAAAAACGAGGAACGAAGCGCAUUCUGCAGCCCUGAUACUGCUACAAUCACUCAACGCUCUUGGCUCACUGGAGAUCAUGAAGCUGGAAUUUCCAGGUGCAAUGGAAUACUUACCUGCUGAGGCUGAGGCUGAGGCUGCUCUUUGUCAAUGUGUUUCCACUUAUAAGGAGUUUGCAUCUGAACAUUCGAUAUCUGAUUCUCCCCAAGUAAAAGCUGAGUAUCUAUCUUGUUUACGCCAUCUGUACAACUUGGUAAGCAAGGGCAUGACAAGCGAAAUAGGCACGGCAAAAGAAAUAAAAGAUGAAAUUCGGCGCGUCGAAGAUGAGGUCUCUAAAGCUGCAGGUGUUUGAUGCUAAAUCCUCCUCUGGUAAUGCCACUUGCUCUUGUUGGAAUAUAACUUGGGGGCAGUGAUCCCCAUGAGAAUUUGGUGGUGCUUUCUGUAUAAUGUAGUAAAUACAUUGAUAAAUCAUUACUUGUCUGUGACCAGUUGGAAUAAAGUCCUGAGUACACAAGAAAAAAUUCAAUAAUUGUUAUUUAUUUUGGUAAAGAUUGUCAUAAAGUUUGUGAUGGAUGGUUUGGUAAGCAUAGUUAUACUCUUCCCUUCUCUCUUUUCAUAA